AUGCGUUCCCUUGGCCUUUUCGCACUCGCAAGCGCUGCUAUCCUUCCAUUCGUUUCAGCAGCACCGCUUGUCGAUGUAGACACUGCAGCAGCAGCAAAGGCAGGCAUCCAUGCACGCACUGUCGAUGUAGCCGCUGGUGCUAAGGCUGGCGCUGCAGUCCAUGCGCGUACAGUGACUGGCGUUGCUUCGAUCCUUGCCAGUCUUCAGGUCAAACUUGGCGACUCGCUUUGCGAACUUCACCACUUUACUGCGCAGAAUGCAACAGCGGAUAAGAUCACGCCGGUCCUAAAGGGCGUUGUUUCUGUCAUGGCAGAUGCAGUUGUUGACGUAAAAGCACUGAAGGGCAAGCCGAAGGAGACUAUCAUGGCGUCUAUCGAUGGUUCCGCCACUGUGACCGUUUCCGAAAUUGCUCAGCUCCUUGCCAACGUUCUAUGCGGUGUCUUCCUCACCCUUAGUUCCGUCCUCUCUGUGGUCGCCGACGCGAAAAUCCUGCUCAAUGUCGUCGCCAGCGUCAAACUUGGUGGAUGCCUCUGCGACCUCAUCAAUGCUGUAACCGCGGUCGUUGGAGGACUUCUUGUGGAGCUUGUUCCACAUGUCAAGGACCUUGCCUCGCUUCUUAUUUCGCUGAGUCUUUCGGACGUCAAGACAGUGUUGAACAUCUAA